CAACCUCUCAGCAGCAAUCAACGUCGUCGCCAACCGCAACACAACCGUCGUGAUGGCUCAGGAACGCUCCGGAAUCGUGGUCGGCCUCAACAAGGGUCACAAGACCACCCCUCUUAACACCCCCAAGACCCGGGUCAGCCGUACCAAGGGCCAGUCUUCCCGCCGUACCGCUUUCGUUCGUGAGAUCGCCCGCGAGGUUGUCGGUCUUGCCCCCUAUGAGCGCCGCAUCAUCGAACUCCUGAGAAACACUCAGGACAAGCGCGCCCGUAAGCUCGCCAAGAAGAGGGUACGUUUUGCAUUAUCAUCGGAUCUAUGGUUUGAAAGGAGAGGGGUUUGCGGGCAGUUCGCUCUGUUUCGGUCAGCGUCACGAUUCGGUUUGCGCUCUUUUGAUUACGCUUCGACGAUCUCGCUCGAUAUCGAUUGCUCUACUUGAUGAACAUCUUAUCGCAUCCGAAAUCCGACAUGUGACAACACCUUCCACGACUACUUGCACUCAUCGAACCGCAGUGUCCGACAAAACACUCCACCGCGAACGACCAAGCCAACCAAACCAAUCAACCGACCGAACAAGCGAACCCAUCUCAAACACCCAACCUUUCAAACCACUACAUCCCUCUCCCUAUAUCCCCCCGCGAUCUGUAAAUACUAACAUCCAUCUUCAAUCCAGCUCGGUACCUUCGGCCGUGGCAAGAGAAAGGUUGAGGACAUGCAGCGGGUCAUCGCCGAGGCCCGUCGUGUUGGCGCUCACUAAACGUCUUUUUUCUCCC